GAGGCCAUCGCCUCACCGACAACAACAACACAUUUGAGGGCAAAACGCGAGGAAAUGGCCUCAGAGGUGCGAUGUGCGCAUGCUCCAAGGGAGGAAGCUCCUCCCCCUCGCGCGCGCCACGCACUGCCCGCUCCCUCUAACCGCCGCUACUAACUCAAUGGAACGCAACGCAACUGGGUGGGCAGAGAUAGUAAAAACAACUGGCGAUGGCUAAGCCCCGGCCGGAGCGCUCGCGAGGCUCAGCGCGGGAGGGGUCAGAACGCUCCGCUCGCUCGCUCUCCCCCCCGCCCUUUUUAAACUCACCUUGGAAACAGAGCACGUGCUCAUGGUUAAUAGCAACCCUCCCCCUCCAGCCGCGUAUCGUUCCCGACAAACCGUCCAAACUUCGCUCCGGAACUCAAGGGUCCUCGCCUACUUCAGAACACGCAUGCGCACUUGGGGUAAUCCUUCUAUGGCGCCACCUCGAAACCAUUUCUCCUCCUCCUGCACAAAUGCUUUCGCGUGUUCUAGAGGUGCCACAAGAAAACCUGAUCAAGUCAAUCUGCGCUGUUCCAGUGUCAAAAAAGGGACCAGAAGCUGAUUUCCAGCUCUUUUUGAGCUCCGUGAAAGAUGCCAACUCUAUGGAUAAUUCAAGGGGAGACAUUCAGCUCCAAGCCCAGAAUCUGGCAAAGAAGUUAAAAUGUGAUGCCAUAGUGAGCAAAAUUGGCACAGGUGAAGGGACAGUGAACUUCACAGUAAAUCGAGAAUUGUUAGCAAAGACAGUGUUGCAGCAAGUGUUUGAAGAUGGCCCUCAAUAUGGACUGAAGAGUGAACUUUUCUCAGAAUUGCAUCCCCAAAAGGUUGUAAUUGACUUUAGUUCACCCAACAUUGCAAAGAAGUUUCAUGUGGGUCAUUUGCGUUCUACAAUAAUAGGAAAUUUUGUAGCAAAUCUCAAAGAAGCGCUUGGACAUCAUGUUAAAAGAAUAAAUUAUCUUGGAGACUGGGGCAUGCAGUUUGGCCUUUUGGGAGCUGGCUUUCAGCGUUUUGGCUCUGAAGAAAAAUUGCGGUCUAAUCCUUUACAGCAUCUUUUUGAGGUCUACGUACAGGUCAACAAGGCAUCAAAAGAGGAAGAAGAUAUUAAAAAGCAAGCACAAGACUUUUUUAGAAAAUUGGAGCUGCGUGAAGAACAAGCAAUUUCACUGUGGCAACAUUUUAGAGAUGUUAGCAUUGAAGAAUAUAUCCGGAUGUACAAGCGUCUCGGAGUGUGCUUUGAUGAAUAUUCUGGAGAAUCAGACUAUCAAGAGAAAAGUCAGGAAGUUAUAAAGAUGUUGAAUACCAAAGGACUUCUAAAGAAAACAAAGGAAGGAAUAGGAAUAGUUCAUCUUUCUGAGAAUGGAGACCAGGCUGUUGUAAUGCGUAGUGAUGGAACUUCUCUCUACCUCACAAGAGAUCUUGCUGCUGCUAUAGACAGAAUGGAUAGAUAUAAUCCUGACACUGUGAUAUAUGUGACAGAGAAAAACCAGAUCUCUCAUUUUCAGCAAGUAUUCCAGAUACUGAGGUUAUUGGGUUAUGAAUGGACAGAAAGGUGCCAGCAUUUGCCCUUUGGGAGAGUUCAGGGGAUGAAGACUCGAAAAGGAGAGGUGGUUUUCCUGGAAGAUGUUUUGGAUGAAGCUUGCUCCAUGAUGUUAGAAAAAAGUGCUUCUGCCAAAACAACCAAAGAACUUGACAAUCCUCUUGAGACUGCUGAAAGGAUUGGGCUUGCAGCACUUAUCAUUCAGGACUUCAAGGGCCUCUUAUCAUCUGAUUACAAGUUUAACUGGGAUCGUGUUCUCCAAAGCCAAGGCGACACUGGCGUUUUCCUGCAAUACACUCAUGCCAGGCUGUACAGUUUAGAAGAGAUGUGUGGAACAGUUAAUCGGGUGUCUCACAUUAACAUGGCAUGUUUACAAGAUCCACCUGCUGUUUCCUUAAUUCAGCAUCUUCUCAGAUAUGAUGAGAUUCUUCAUCAGUCUUCGCAAGAUCUUCAGCCUAAGCAUAUUGUUAACUAUCUCUUUAAACUCAGCCAUUUAACAGCUGCAGCUCAUAAAAGACUCCAUGUGAAAGGCAGCAUUCCGGAACUAGCAGAGGCAAGGCUCUGUCUGUUCCAGGCUGUUCGCACCAUCUUGGGCAGUGGAAUGAAGCUUCUAGGAAUCACGCCUGUAAAUAAAAUGUAACAGAAAGAGUUCCUCAGUGCCUAUCCAGAAAUGAAUUUGCUCCAAAGAUUAGCUAUUGUCCUAAUCUAUUCUUGUAGUCUCUAUAUUAUGUAGGUGUUCUGUACCCUUAAGAAUUACUUGAAAAGUUCAGUAAGGUUUUUUAUGUGAAAGAAUCUUCCCUUGUUUCUAUGAAACAAACUCUACCUGGGCUUUGUUCAUAUCUUAAUUAAUGCUGUUAAUAUACUUGGUCACCAGUCUCCAUGACUGCACUCAUGUCACAUACCUGGCUUUCUCUAGAACCAAACCCUUGUGUCCUCUGAGGGUUUUAGUCUCAGUACAAUUGAGAGCAACAGGCUGUGUUUUACUGAGUAAAGGUCUUAACUUCC